UAAGGUGGCAAUGUCUUCGGAUGUGAAUACGGGCCGAAACGCAGCGUCGUCAUUUCCCACGUGGGCAGACUUUCUCGAGCAACACGGUGAUCCAGACGAAAGUAACAGUGAUGAUGUCUUAAUGGAAGCUGCCCACCAAUCGGUCGUUGGAUUUCGUUUCAAGAGACAUGAAAUUGGUAUUUAUGGUAAGAAUCCUGCCAGUGAUUCACUGCAACUAGUAGAAUGUAAAGUUUGCCAUCGACUCAUUCUUCUACAAGCAUUUCAUUCUCACUACACUGUUCGGCACAUGAACAAAGUUUGUUCGAAUCCACAUCCUGCACGUUUGCAACCAACACCAAGUUUCCGUGUUAAACAACAGCUGGAUCGUGUUUCAGUAAAAUCAACUCGUCAUCGGUCUGUUGGUUCGUCGCGGUCAGCCGCAUCGUUAGCCAAACUAGAGAGUAAGGGAUUCAUUGUGGAUGAACAAGUGACUGUGGUAGAAUCCGGGAAUCGCAAUGAGAAGCUUCGAAUGAAGAGCCCCGUGGUCUCACGCGUCAUUGUACAUAAUAAUGCUGUCUAUAGUAGUGGAAAGGUUCAAGAUAGUAGACAUAAAGGAUCAAUUUCUAAUGUGAAGAAGAAACAAGCUUUACCGCCACCAAACAUGCAAAAAGUAAAGACUCUGGGCUUCGACCCCAAUAGACACUGUGGUGUUUGGAUGUCAGACCAGAAAAGGCAUUGUGUCAGAUCACUGACAUGCAAGACACAUGGUUUGGGAUUAAGGCGUGCGGUUCCUGGUAGAAGGAAAGACUUUGACAUUUUGUUAGCUGAACACAGAUUCAGAUCCAAUCAAUUGAAAGGCGAGCAGAUGAUGUCGUCACCUGAGAUGCAGCCAUCGCUAAAACGGCAGCAUAAUCGUGUGAUGCAAUCUCCAACAAGCCCUGCAAAGAAAUCAGCUAAGAAAGAACCGAGUGAUUCAGUGUCAAAUGCAUCUGAUUCUGGUUUAAAUCUUGGGCUUCUUCUUGAAAAAGGUCUGAAGAAGAAUGAACUGACGGUUAGUUCGGAUCAACCGUGUCCGACUGCGUUGUGUGACUACGGAGGGCGACAGCUGCAUAAUGGACAUGUUUGGUUUGGUUCUUUGGAGGGCAAGAUGAGAUGUCAUCUUAUGCAGCUGAAAGAGAAAGGAGAUGAAAAAGCGCUCGUAAAGAGGCAACCGUGCAACUUGGGUAAACCUCUUGACCUUCACGACGACAAAUCACAGCAUCGAGUCAACAUCCCAGCGAUCCACUGCCAUCCAUCCCUCCUCACACAACACCUUACGAACCACCUGGAUGGAUCCCAGACACCCCAGCCUAACGACUGGCCACCAAUACAACCUCACUCGUCAGUCCUUCUUGGAAGUCUUGGUGCAUUGACAGGAAAUGAUCAAAUGUUGACAUCAACGAGUAUGGGAAUCAACUGCAAGCCGAAGACAAAUGCUGUACAGAGAGGCGGCAGGCAGCAUUGCAGUCGGCCUUCCCAUCAUGCUAAUUCUACUGGACAGUUUCAGAUGAAUAGACAGAUAAACGGAGAUGUGUCAUUGCUGCUGCAGCAGCAGCAGCAGCAGCAGCAGGCCCUGGUGGUGUCACAGUAUUCGGUUCCUAAUGGACUGAUGGCAACGGUCGUGGACAUGCAGAGUCAGCAGAUAAUGAAACAAUCAGGUCUACCUGUUGACACACAAGGUGUUUUAAAUAUUUCUGUCCCUCGGCAACCCAACACUUCACAAACACACAGCGGCAACUGCCCACCAAUAGUACCCAACCAAGUAUUCAAUGCUCAGUAUCACCCACAGUUUCUUCAGCAGCAGCAACUACAACUGCAGCUAUUACCAGGAAACACCGUCGAUCCUCAACAACAACUCCUGCCUUCACCCCAGACUGUCUGCCUUGCACAUUUCCCGACGCAGACGUUAUCAGGACUUGCACUACAACGACAUUCAUGGGGACCAGUGAGGAAGCAAACUUCACCAAGGAAACCGGGUAAACUAGAUCUCUCAUCAAAUCAAUGUCACACUUCGAAAGAAAUGGCAGUCACCGAACUCUCAUCGUAUUCCAUGUCGACGACAUCAGACCUACCAACAGACAACUAUCACCUCUGUUCCCCUCUAAUGCAAAUCGCUGGCACGCCGUCGCUACCAACACCCGCAACAAUCACUCAGUCGCCAACAUUAGUCCACAGUCCAGGUUUACUACCAAAUGCUAUUCCACCAGGAAACCAAUAAACGACAACACAAACUUUGAAAAUACAAACAGUUAAUCUAUGAGAAUAUUUGUUAUCAACUUGGAGGUUGUUGCUCAUUUUGUUGUUAAAUUUCAAGCUCCCUUUUAUAAAGGGAUAUUUGUAGAGUUUGCAGUAAUAUACAAAGAACAGACAGAUGUGGAUUUGUUCAUAGUGUAUAUGGGACUGUAGAGGCGAGGGAUGAAUUUAGAUAUAACAAGUUGAGUUGAGA